UCAAAAUUCCAUCACCAAAUCACACAAAGCAUUUUUCCUUCCCUCUCUUUACAAUGUGCAGCACUAAUCAUGAGACAAACAAGGGGAAGGAAAAAAUGAACGAAGACUCAACAGCCAAACAGAAUAAUGCGAAGAAGCGAAAGGUGAUUGUGUUGGAAGAAAAAACUGAUGCUGAAUCCAAGAGUUCAAAGUGUCACAAGAAUGAUAAUGGUGAAGAAGAAUCAACAAAUUCACCCAAAGAAGCUUCUCCGUUUGUUCUUUUUGGGUUCAUUAUUGAUCCAACGAAAGAAAGUCGAAAAGCUUACUCAUGCAACUUUUGUAACCAAAAGUUUGUUUCUCCACAAGCAUUAGGUGGACACCAAAAUUGUCACAAAGUGGAGAGAAGACUCCAGAAAAAGAACGAAACUAUGAACAAAGCUUUGGAAUUUUUCUCUAAUGUGGGGUGUGGAUAUCAAUAUUGUGGAAUUGACAGAGAUAUUUUGCAUGCUGCAGGAUCAUCAUCAAGUUUUGAUGCAUGGAAUUUGCACCAUUUGCAGCAUAAAGAUCAACAAUCUAGAAUGACUGAAAUUGACUUUGGUUUGUUUUCAGAGGGAGGUGCCAAUAGUGAUGCUGAUCAUGAACACAAAGAGACUCAGGAGGAGGAUGAAGCAUCCAAAAAUAUUGAUUCGAACCUUAAGCUUUGAUUUAUAUUUUUAUUUAAAAAAUAAUAAUGUGUUAAUGUAUU